AUGUUGUACUUUGGGGUGCUUCCCUACUCCAAGCAGAUGGAGCUGUGGUUUGACAAGAAUGGGAUUGAGAGUAGGAUAACUAAUUGGAAAGACGCCAAAAGGUACGCUGGUCUAUGUCGAAGCGACAUCAAGAUCAACGACGAGGAAAACAAGGACGACGGAAUCAUGGACUCGUGGAAGUUGAAACCACAUUUCACCCUCAAGAUGACUCACGAGUACCCGAUCGCCUGCGUGGAUUUCAUGGAAUCUCAAGGGAAAGACGCUAUCAAGAAGAGUCUCCAGAGCCUUGAAAUUGGUCUUAGGAAAUAUGGUGAUGGCGGCAUCCGCGGGAUGUUGUCGGCCACAGCGGACUUCAGCACAACCUCGUAG